AUGACGGUACCCUGGAAGGUCAGCGCCAUUGCAGCAUUAUGGCUAGGUGCUACAGCAGUUGGUGCAAGCCUUGAACAAGAAACCUCCUCUGGUGCAGCUGUAUUCACGCACCCAGUCUAUCCCAGGGUAUUUGUUCCAAGGCAAGAACAAGAGAUCCCAGCUGAGGACCGCAACCCUCCUCCAAUCAUCCCAAACCCUCAACCAAAUCAGGCCGCAAGCCCAAACACGCCUGUACCUGCUCCUGAGCCAGAGACAACAGUUGAGCCCUUCAAUCCUCCCGAUCCAGCUACAACAAUAGCGGCACCCGAGCCAGAGAUAACAACAGAGCCUGAGAACCCUCCUCCUCCAGCUACUACACAGAACCCUGAUCACCCAGAGAAUCCGAAAACAACAGAUGUAGCUCCUGUGCCUGUACCAGUACCGGUUCCAGUUCCCAACAAACCUGAUGAUCCUAAGAAACCGGACGACCCAAAGAAGCCGGAUGACCCUGAAAACCCUGACGAUCCAGACAAGCCUGAUGAUCCCAAAAAGCCCGAGGGUCCUAAGACUCCGGACCUUCCAGAUCUCCCUGAUGUCCCUAAGAUUCCUGAUGUACCCAAGCUUCCCGACACGCCCGACGAUCCUAAGAAACCUGACAACCCUCAAGAACCCAAGGAUCCCGAUGACCCUAAAGAACCUGAGAACCCGGAUCCCAAAGAUCCAGAGAAUCCUGAUCCUGAAGAUCCCGAAGAUCCCAAGGACCCUCAAAUCCUCAAGACCCCAAUGAGCCAGAUGAUUAGAUCCAGUACCGUCUACGUAACAUGCCCUGUACCUAUCGACUGCCCCGCCAAACAGACCCCCACCGUCACCACCAGCAUCUUCCCUGAGGAGUCCGUCCUCUUCGGCGAAGUCCCAGCGGACAACGAAGUUAUUCCGACAAUGGAAGCUAUCGAAGAUGACACCUCUCGAUACUUCCAGCAAGUCUUUGAUGACGAAAACAUCUCUAUUAAUGAUGCUCAACACCCAGAUGUUCAAUGCCAACAACAGAGUAGCGACGACGUUCCUCGCGAUUGCUUCAUGUCCAUCUACUCCAAGUUCUGCGCAGACGUGAAUGGACACGAGGGUGAUGAGCUAAGUAAGAACCUCACUGGCGCUGAUGCCGAGAGCAGUUCUCAAGAGAAGCGUGCGUCGCUGAAUAUGAGAAGACACAUGCUUCGCGAGCGAGCUGAGUCUUGUGAGGGCUGGGUGUUCGAAUACGAUUGGAGUGGUGCAAAGGGGGAUUGCCAGAUUCCAUGUGGUGACUCAAUGUACGCUUUUGGUGACGAGUGCUUUGACUCUGAGAACAGCUUUCUCGAGGGUACCAUUGAUGUAGGAUGCGGUACCUACAAGUACACCGCCAUGCCUACAACAUCCACCACAGCACCGCCAUUCCACUUGACUGGCCUCCCAACUCUCACCGACAUUCCAGGACCUAUCUCUACACCUGACGGUAGUUCGUGUGCCGAGACAGCGACUAACACACAGUGUGCUCAGGGCGGCGGUGGCAGAGGCCAAGCAUGUGUUGAGAACACAUACUGCGCAUCAUGGGUCUCAACUCAGCCUACAGAAGCCCCAGCACCACCAGAGGAGAAGAUCACACCUUUGGAGCUGGGACCAGUGUUUUGCAAGAACAGAGGCGGUGACCAUAAGGAUGUCAGCCCAGGCGCCGUGAAAUCUCUAGCAGAUGCCUACUGCGAGGCCAAUGUGCCCGCUGAGAUGAAGUCAGACAGCCCUGCCGCUGGUAUCACCAAGAGUGAUCUGUAUUACUACGAGGUUUCUUGGGUUGAGGGGUGUAAGACUACUGUCGAGUCACAGGAUCCGUAUUGGCCGCUUGGAAAGGAUGGCCCGCUUUGCAAAGAUUUAUUUGUGAAGGCUUAUGCAGGCUGUGACAAUGGCGGUAUUGGAGGUUACAUCGAUGCUGGCUGUGUACGAUACAUGUUCCUCGGCGCUCAGUAG